CUAGCUGUCUUACAGAGCAAAAAGGAAUUGGCCCACUUCGCUAAUUGUCCCGCACCUCUGGAGGAACUGACUGACUCACGACCUUCCCUCCUGAAAUAUUCUGAAAAUACUUCUGCUCUGCAGGGGUCUCUGGAGAACAUGCAGGCACUUUCAGAGCUUUACAAAAUACAGCGCUACAAAGUGGACGUGACCCUGGAUGCUGACACGGCCCACCCUAGAUUGGAAAUCUCAGAUGAUGGGAAGAGUGUGAAAGAUACUGGCACCAUCAGAAAGGUUCCCAGGAGUGAGAAGAGAUUUGAUUCCCACAUUUUUGUGUUGGCAAAGGAAGGAUACACAUCUGGGAGACACUACUGGCAAGUGGAUGUUGGCAAGAGAAGAAGCUGGGUCUUGGGCAUUGCCCAGGAAUCCGUGACUCGCAAAGGGACUGUGACUCUGAUCCCUAAGAAUGGCUUCUGGGUCAUGGGGUUUGCAGACGGGCGAGAGUAUUGGGCCCACACAGACCCCUGGACCCGUUUGAGCGUGAGUGGGAAGCUGCAAAAGGUUGGGAUCUUCCUGGACAUCUCAGCCAAGAAGAUGACGUUUUACAACAUUCAUAAGAAAACAGCUCUGUACACUUUUACCAUUUCUGAUGGCGGCAGCCAGGAAGGGAAACUCUUUCCCUUCUUCUCAACAGGCCCUGCUAAUGCUAAGCCUGACACUGAGCCUCUGAAAAUAGUGCAGGAGUUUGAUGAUGAGUAGUUCACUCUACAUUGUGAAGGCCUAUAAUGUACAGAUCAUACCGAGGGGUUAUCAGGCUGCCAUCUAGUUUGUGUCUCCUGAACCAAGCUAAGACAGGAGGGCACAGAUGUAUCUUAGUGGCCAGCUUUGACAUUUUUUAGACUAUACAUCAGUAUGAAAAAGCUUCUGAGGGAAAUUUUAGGUACUCAAGAAACAGAAGCAUUCUUUCAUGAUAACACGGAGUAAACAUUUAUUCUGGAAGGUGAGUUUUCAUCAUGCUCUGUGUUUUGGGGUUUUCCUGAGGAAGAGGAGUAACAGAGCAGCUUGGCAGAUACCCAGUGGCCAGCCAUGUUCAACCACCACUCAUGUCCAGAUGGCUUUUGAACAUCUCCAAGGAUGGAGACUCCACAACCUCUCCAGGAAACUUGUAUCAGUGCUUGG